CUCUCACGUUUAGACAGCCUUGCAUCAGAGUUUCCGGAAACCGAAGCCUGCUAUUGCGGGACAGCAUUGGAGCUCACUGAACAUGUGGGACGUGUUUGUGGAUGCCAAUUGAACGUUUUCGUUUCUUCUCACUGGAUAAAAUCACCAGCGGCUAUGGGGAAAAAAAGCAAAACUGAAAAAAAAGUGAAGGGAGCAGAGAAGACCGCUGCCAAAAUGGAGAAAAAGGUUUCCAAGAGGUCCAAACGUGAAGAGGAAGAUUUGGAGGCUCUGAUUGCUGAAUUUCAGAGUAUGGAUGCCAAGAAGACUCGGGUAGUAGAGACUGCAUGUCCCCCUCCAUCAGCAAGAUUAAGUGCAUCCCUUUCUGCUCAUCCAGAGAAGGAUGAGCUCAUCCUGUUUGGUGGUGAAUUCUUUAAUGGGAAGAAGACAUACCUGUACAAUGAUCUGUUUUUCUAUAACAUUAAAAAGGAUAGCUGGGUUAAGUCAGAGAUCCCCAACCCUCCUCCUCCACGAUGCUCUCACCAGGCGGUGCCAGUCUCUCAAGGGGGCGGCCAGCUGUGGGUGUUUGGAGGAGAGUUUGCAUCUCCAAACGGGGAACAGUUCUACCACUACAAGGACCUUUGGGUGUUGCACCUUGCUACAAAUACCUGGGAGAAUAUCAAAGCACCUGGUGGUCCAUCGGGUCGCAGUGGCCACCGGAUGGCCCUCAGCAGGAGACAGCUGCUGGUGUUUGGAGGUUUCCAUGAGAGCACCAGAGAUUUUAUCUACUACAAUGACAUCUACUCGUUCUCCUUGGACACUUUCUCUUGGUCACGGCUCUCUGUGUCAGGCGUUGCCCCCUUGCCACGCUCCGCCUGUCAGAUGACCUCUACGCCUGAUGGCUCCGGUGUCAUCAUCUAUGGAGGAUACUCCAAACUGAGACUGAAAAAGGACAUUGAGAAGGGAACGAUCCACUCUGACAUGUUUCUCCUUAGGCAAGAGGGUAAAGCUGGCCAAGAGAAGUGGACAUGGUCCAGAUUGAGCCCAUCAGGAAACAAGCCGCCGCCCCGCUCUGGCUUCUCCAUGGCGGUUGGCCCGUCAGGGCGCGCCGUGUUGUUCGGUGGGGUUUAUGAUGAGGAAGAGGAGGAGACGCUGGAGGGUGACUUCUACAAUGACCUCUACUUGUUUGAUACAGUCAAGAACCGCUGGUAUCCUAGUCAACUCAGGGGUAACAAGACGGAUAAGAAGAAACGUCGGCGAGGGAAGAAGGAUGAAGCUGGGGGGGAGGCGGCAGAUAAGGAGAAAGAAGAAGAUGCUCCCACAGGGCCCACUGAGGUCAUCAAGGAGAUUGUUACAGAAGAUGGCACAGUGAUGACCAUCAAGGAAGUAAUCCCCGGAGCUCAGGAAGCGGAGGAGACAAAUGCCGAUGAUGAAGAGGAGGAGGAAGAGGAGGAUGCAUCAGCCAUUGUGGAGCCCUGCCCACGCUCCAGUGCCAUGGCAACGGUGCGUCAGGGCAAGCUCUUCCUCUACGGCGGGAUGUUUGAGGUGGGCAGCCGCCAAUUCACCUUGAACGACUUCUACUGUCUGGACCUCCACAAAAUGGACCAAUGGGAGGUCUUGGUUAAGAUGGAUCCAAAGACCCAAGAAUGGCUGGAAGAGUCUGAAUCAGAGGACAGCGAUGAGGAACAGGAGGUGGAAGGAGGAGCAGAGGGAGGGGAAGAGGAGUCUGAUAAGGAAGAUGAAGAUGACCAUCCAGCAGCGAAGCCCGGGGAGACGCUGACAGAAUACCAGGCCCGCACAGAGCAAUACUGGAUACGACUCACACAAGCCAACAUGGGUGCAGAUGCUAAGGACAAAAAAGUCGUCAAAGUCGCCUUAGCCAUGGCUAAAGUCUUCUAUGAAGACCACACGGAGGGUGCUUAAGCAACUUUGGCCUUACUUUGUAAAAUACAUUGUGUAUGUUUUUAUGCAUGAUAUACCAUAGAACCUGUGUAAAUAGUCAAAUAAUAAUAAUUACUUUGAACACAAGAAAGAAGGUGCCUUGAAUCUCAAACAUUUAUGUGUGCACGUUGCAUGUUCUUACUGUGCUUGUGGGAACAAGCUUUCGUCGCACACUUCAAAAACAAGUUAGGUUGAUUGAAGACUCUAAAUUGCUCAUUGGUGUCAAUGUGACCCGAAACUCUAGGGUAUCAGAGCUGUAUAAACCCAAGCCCCCAAAUAAGCGAUAUGGAAAAUGGAUGGAUUACCAGACAUUUAUUGAUAAAGCUGUUAGUUAUGUAACACUGUAUAAGAUCACAUAAGAUUACCUUUAUUAGUCCCAAAAUACGGCAAUGUAGGUAACGGUGAACAGUGUGUUAAAAGUUCAUUUACACCUGCAUCAGAAAUGAAUCACAUUUCAAAAUAUGUUCAAUAUUGACACCCGACUCAUCAAAUUUUGUUUUCAGUCAAACGAUUAAAAAUUGAACCCGCAUUAUUCAUCAUGGUCAGCAGAGGGCGACUAGUGGCUGCGGUCACAAGAAAAUACCCCCUACUUUAGUUUUUUUUCACAGUGAAGUUAUGCAUGGAUUCCAUACAUACUAAUCCAUAGUGGCGCUACAUUAGUGCUGAGGCAAUUUUUCACUUAACACCAACUUUAAAUGUGUAAAAAGCUACAAAUUCCACAUAAUUUCAUUUGUUUUGUGUUCAUUGUGUAUACAGUAAGAUUUUAAAAAGUUUAAAUGAUUUCUUGUAUUGGGAUGUUUUGAGAACAUUUUAGAAGAGUGAGGCUUGUAUAAGAAAAAAAAAUCCAAGGAAAUGGGACAAAUGCGUGGUGAAAACAAUGUUUCCUAUGAUUUUGAUUACUCCUGAGUAAUGUAUUUAAAAUAAAAAAAUCACCCACCAGAAA